UUUUGUUAGUCUGUACAGGAUAAGCUAAAAAAACCAACAAAUAGUCUGGUAGCAUUUUAUAGACUAACUCGGGCAUUAGCUUCCGCCCACCGGAUCUCGUUCUGCCCCUUUUUUGUUAGCCCUCUAUUGUCAGAAAUGUCUUCCCUAAGUAGACACUGGUAGACCACGGUCAAGUCUUCUCUUAACCGUCUCCUAGAUAAGCCAAACACACUGAGUUUCUGUCACCUGUCACUGCAAGGCGGCUUUCCAGACUGGAAUCGUUCCUGUUGCUCUCUGCUAACCCCUUUCCAGUUGGUCCGGGUGAUCAGAAGUGCAGACACCAGACCUGCACACGCUAUCUCGUGAUGAUCCCAUCAGAAAUAACACUGCCUCUCUCACUAUAACGUCAGCGUGGACACCUGGGCUGGGUACAGCGUCACCGAGGCAGGGUAUCCUCUCUUGUUAUUGUUGUUGUGUGUGUCUUUUCUCAAAAGCCCAACAAAUGUGAAUGAAAAAUUCAUUGUCUUUGACGUACUUUGUGGGAAAUAAAAUAUGUUUCCCGCCCAGCCCAACCAGUUGGGCUGUGAGCUCUUGGUUUUCGCAAGGCUUCUGAUCCUGUCUCUUGUAACAGUCUCAUACGUCUCUCCGUGUUGGCCAACAGUCUCUCCAUAUUGGCUAGUCCAGUGCCAGCAGCAAGCCACCCUGGUAUGGGGUCAGUCAACUUGGCACGACAUGCAGGGCGAUGCUCUUCCAUGCAGGGCUGGCUGAGUGACUCCAUGCCAGGCAGUGGAUUUGCGCUAGAUCCCAGAACCAUGACCAUGGGCAGUGCCCUCCUCUUUCCACUGGGUGCUCGGUUGUUUUCAUCUGAGCUCAUACCAUUUUUCUGGUUUCUUCCCGUUCCUUCCAGCUGACGGGGUUGAUUCUCAUCACGAUGGCCUUCCUGGCCUGCCUGCUCAUGCUGGUCAUGUACAAGGCGCUGUGGUAUGACCAGCUAAGCUGCCCAGAGGGCUUUGUGUUUAAGCACAAGCACUGCACUCCCGCCGCGCUGGAGAUGUACUAUUCGGAGCAGGAAGCGGGCCCGCCAGGAAGUCUCUACACGGCCAUUAGCCACUUAAAUCCAGGCAAGAAAAUCCUGCCGGAAAUGCCUUCCCCAUGGGUACCAGUCAUUAAUGCCUUGAAGGAAGCUGAGAAAGGCAAGGAAGAUCGGUCCGGCAUUCAGCAGUAAGGCACAGGCGCCGGACACACCUGGACAGUGGUUCCGGGCGUGCGUGUAGUCACUCCAAGGAGAGCAGUCACCCGUUCAACGUUAGUUUUGUGUCCCGAACCAAUCCGCAAAAGACAAUGCAGUGAGGGCUCCUAGCGCAGGAACAAAUUGGUUUCUUUCUGGCCCAGAGAAGAGAUUUUGCUCCAUUCUGGGAGGUCCUCCUCCCCCAAUCUCUUGAGCAUAACAGUGUUGUCCGGACGGUUAUUCUUUGCUUUUAUUUAUUUCUGUAUUUAUAAGGGGGUUUUUCCUGCGUCUCCGUGGAAAGUUUGAGUCAGACUGAAGUAAUACUCUUCUUCGUGCUAAUCAGGGGUCAGCUUUUGCCUGCACACAUUGCGUUAGCACCACAAGGACCUUUUGGUCCCUGGUCAGCAGUGUUUCUUUAGUGGUUUUUUGACAUGGUGUUGCCAAGCACCCAUGACCUUUUAUAUGUCAGGAGGGAAGAAACUAGACUAUGGGCAAAUGGCAAAAAUAGCAACCUUUUAGAGCAGCUACGUGCUUCUAGGUUCUCAGUGCCAUCUGGCAGCAAAUGUUCACACGCCUUGCGCAUUCAUUUGAACGAGCUUUGAAAUGUAAUUUAUGCUUCACUCAUCUCAGUUGCAACUUGAUCGCUAAUCGCCAGGCUCCGUGUGACGCCAUAUAAUUACAUUGCUGCUGGCUGGGGUAGCUUUUCGGUGUGGUCCUUAAGACAGCCACAGGUCUGUGGGAUGGGGGCUGGUGUGAAAUCAUUGUGCCACUCUUGUUUGCACCGCCUGUGCGUGCGUGUGUACUUCCGCUUGUAGGCCCUCGCGCUGCGGAGCAACAUUGGCAGUUUUACCCCACUUUGUACAUUUUUAUAGUGAUUGUGGUCUGUCGCCUCGCAACAUGGCACUUCCAGGUGUCUCCAAAUGUGGGAAUGUGGGGAACAGCAGCUUUUCUGUCAGCAAAAAUAAAUGUACCUCUUCACCCUG